AGCCUGAAGAAUAAUAAGGACAGCAAUAGUUUUCGUAGUUUCAGUUACCGUAAGACUGAUAACGGACAUGCGCAAUGUAGCGUAGCGUUGUCUCUGAAUGAACUUAAGUUUUCGGUUAAACCAAAACGAAAUAAACCUUAUGUUCGUAUGUAUUAAAUAUUAUUAUAGAUCUCUUCAGGUACUACGGUGUGCAGCAGAGGCAUUGCUUGCCAUGAAGAUGCGUCUGGUUUUCCAACACUCACACAUCUAUUAUUUAUUUACACACACAAGCACAAAUAGAGAAUUACAUCGACUCCGAAUGCUGUACAUGUGUGUUCGGCUUUCUAUGUAUAUAAAUUUUCGAUAAAGCAAGAUAGGGCAAAAGAGGAAAAGCGGUGCUAGUAAAAGCGAGCAAAAUGCCGGCCGGGUGCUCGGUGACAGUUGUCAGUAUAUUGUGGAACACGGGGAGGGAUGGUAGUCUCGGGGGAGGCCGGUUUUGGCGGUAAAUUUUCCGACUUCUCGCGCUCUCUACUUCCACGUGGUCGGACUUAAAAACAAAUAAACUGUAACUCUCAUUGAUCAACACACGGUUGCGCAAUAGAACUUUUCUAUAAGCUAACAAGAAUUUAGUGACAAAAUGAAAGUAUACAAUUUCGAGACAGCAUAACUUUUUAACUAAUGAUUGUGUCGUGUGCCUGUCUUCGUUUUUAUGGGAAAAGAAAUCACAGAACUGACCUCAUGUUUUCGCCAUCUACGAAAGCAGCCUGGUGGCUGGCAACAUUUCUUAGUGUGUUAGUCACAGGUGAAAUACCUAUCCAGGCGGAGGUGGAGCCGGAAUUCCUGGCGCCGCUUGAGAACCACACGGUGACACAAGGUCGCGAUGUGCAUUUCACAUGCGUCGUCAACCACCUUUCCAACUAUCGGGUCGCAUGGAUAAAGUCCGACUCAAAGGCGAUCCUCGCGAUCCAUACUAACAUGGUGGCGCUGAACCCGCGUCUGUCCGUCACCUACAACAACCACAACACCUGGAAGCUGCACGUCAGCAACGUGCAGGCUAAUGAUUCGGGCACCUACAUGUGCCAGGUCAACACGGACCCAAUGAAGAGUCAGAUGGGUCACCUAGCGGUAGUGAUACCACCGGACAUAGUGGACACGGUUAGCGAGGGCAGCUCGGCGCGUGAAGGCGGCAGCGUGCGGUUAGCAUGCAGCGCGACGGGCGUGCCGGCACCCGCUGUCAUGUGGCGUCGCGAACACAACAAGCCCAUCGUAUUCCGUCAUGAUGGCGGCCGGGAGAAGAAAGUGGUGGAGGUCCACAAAGGCGAAAGCCUUGACAUGUCGAACGUCCAACGGAGCGACAUGGGCGCAUACUACUGCAUCGCGAGCAACGGCGUGCCCCCGACCGUCAGCCGGCGGUACCACGUCCAAGUACAUUUCAUACCACAAGUUAAAGUUACCAAUCAGCUGGUCGGCGCGCCGCUGGGCAGCGAUGUGGCUUUACAAUGCAACAUUGAAGCAUCCCCAAAAGCUAUGAACUCGUGGUAUCGAGAAGAUUCCUUAGUAAGCGACAAGCUUCUUGAGAACCCAAAAUUCCGUGUAACAGAAACAAUAGUGAACGAAUAUUCUCUAUGGAUGAAUUUAACUAUAAAAUCAUUAGCACCAAGUGAUUUUGGAACUUACGUGUGCGCGUCGGUGAACGCGCUGGGGAAGAUGGAGAGCCAAGUCAGCUUACACAGAUUAGAGCUGAACGGUUUCCCCGACGAGCCGCUGGUGUCGGGCGCGGCGUGGCAGCGGGCGCGCAACCUGCCCGCGCGGGCGCACCCAGCCUCAUCCCAUGCACAAUACUCCCUCGCGCAACGGCUACCACCACAGCUCUAUGCUCUUAUGCUUACUGCUCUUAGAUAUGUUACUACAUUUUAAUUUGUUCACUGAAUAAUGAUGACAAACACACAUAAAAUGAAAAAAAAAACAAACGAAACUGAACAUUACAUCUAUCUGCAAAUUAUACCUAAGUACUUACUUUAAUUAAAGGCAAUAUGAUGUCCAGUCCAG